ACCCUAGCUUGUCAUCUCUUUUGUAGUUUAUCUUAGUAAUUGUGAUUUUAUUUAAAUUAUAGUAAUUGUCGCUUUGUUAUUGUAAAAAAACUUUACAAUUCCCAUAAAGAAACGGAUUGUGUUUUAACUAUGAAUUCAAUUGUAACUCUCUAUGUGAUACGUUUAUUAAAAUGUGUAUAAAAGCAUUUACAACUUGUAAAUAAGUAUUUAUUGACUUUCGUGCAAUAUGUGGUCGUUUUUCUCACGGGACCCCACUAAGGACUUUCCAUAUGAAGUGGGAGACCCAAUUCCAGGCUUGGAGGAUAGAUCUGUUUGGUCAUUACACAGGGGAAAGAAAAGAGGAACACAAGAUGAGGUGUCAAUCUUUUUAUUCGAUGUUCAGAAAAACUCGGAGACUCUUUUUGAUAUAGCAAAAGCUUCACUUAAGAAGCUGAAAACUAUGAGACAUCCCAGCUUAUUACAUUAUUUAGAUAGUUGUGAAACUGAGAAAUUUUUAUAUGUAGCUACAGAAUGUGUUGAACCUUUAGUGACUCAUUUAGAAGAUAUGAAACUCGAGGGUCAACAAAAAGAAUUGUUUCUAGCAUGGGGUAUAUUUCAAAUUACUAGAGCAUUAUCAUUUUUUAACAAUGAUGGUAAUAUGCGACACAACAAUGUCUGCCUUUAUUCAGUCUUUGUCACAUCUGCUGGGGAAUGGAAGCUCGGGGGAUUUGAGUUCCUCACAGCACAUGGUCAAGACACAUCUAGUCCAAUACCUAUUAAGAUUUUACCAUCUCUCGAAAUAUAUGAUCCUCCAGAGAAGAAUGAUCCAGCCAGACUGAAAUCUGUUACAAAAUGCUCAUCGGAUAUGUGGGGUCUGGGUUGUCUGAUAUGGGAGGCAUUUAAUGGUCCAUUAAAAAAUCAACCUGCACUCAAAACAGUUGAUACCAUACCAAAGCAGCUCUGUACAUUAUAUUGUGAACUAGUCAGCGCAAAUCCUGCCUCCAGACCGAACCCAGCUGAUAUUAUAACAAGAUGUAGAAAAUUAGGUGGCUAUUUUAAAAAUGAUUUGAUAGAUACAAUGUUGUUCCUAGAAGAGAUUCAAAUAAAAGAUAAAUUGGAGAAAGUGAAAUUCUUCUCAACAUUAAGUUCUUAUUUGGACAAUUUCCCUGAGGCGGUGUGUGUGCAUAAGAUUUUGCCUCAAUUAUUGACAGCUUUUCACUAUGGAGACGCGGGAUCCGCGGUAUUGGGACCAAUGUUUAAGUUGGGUAAAUUGUUGGAGGAAGAGGAUUAUCAGAAACAGAUUGUGCCGUGCGUUGUGAAGCUGUUCGCGUCCAACGACCGCACGACGCGCUCGCGGCUGCUGCAGCAAUUAGAUCAGUUCAUUAUGCAUCUACAGAAUUCUACUGUAAAUGACCAAAUAUUCCCUCAAGUGGUGCACGGCUUUCUGGAUACUAACGCAAUCAUACGAGAGCAGACUGUCAAGUCCAUCAUCCAUUUGGCAUCUAAACUUAACUACAAUAACUUAAACGUCGAAGUACUAAAACAUUUCGCAAGGCUGCAGUCCAAAGACGAUCAAGGAGGUAUUAGGACGAACACGACAGUGUGCCUGGGCAAGAUAGCGGCGCACCUGCACCCGCAGAUCCGGCAGAAGGUGCUGGUGUCGGCGUUCGUGCGCGCGACGCGGGACGCCUUCCCCCCCGCGCGGCAGGCCGGCGUGCUGGCGCUCGCCGCCACGCAGCAGUACUUCCUGCUCGCGGAGGUCGCCAACAGGGUGCUGCCGGCGCUCUGCCCCCUCACCACGGACCCCGAGAAACAGGUGCGAGAUGCGGCGUUCAGGACAAUAAGGGGCUUCCUUGGUAAACUAGAGAAGGUAUCUGAAGAUCCAAGCUUAAAGGAAGGAAUGGAGGCGGAUGUGCACACGGCGACGCCGUCGCUUAGCAACGCGGCGGCGACGUGGGCGGGCUGGGCCGUCACCGCCGUCACCGCCAAGUUCUACCGUUCGCACUCCGACACAGCGCGCGGGCAGCACUCCAUCAAGUCCGCGCUCUCCAAGCCCGGCUCGCUGGAGCAACCAUCGUCAAGCAGCAUGUCGACGACAACAUCAUCGGUGACGUCGAUGACGUCACUGGAGCACAGCGAGUCCGCGUCCGACUACGACCCUGAGCACUGGGACAUGACAGCGUGGGGCGAGAUAGACUCUAGUGCAGGUACUGGUAGCGGCGCGAGCGGCAAGUCGCCGGCCAGCAGCGGCAGCGCGCACGCCACGCCCGCGCUCGCCGCGCUCUGCGAGGACGACUGGGACGGCGAGUGGGGCACGCUGCAGGAACAACCAAGUGCGGAAGCGGAGCUCGCCAGUCCAUCUGAGACGUGGAACAACGCGACGUGGUCGGAGGCGGUGAUGUCGUCAGCGAACAAUGCGCACGCGACGUACGUGCGCGGCCCCGCUCGCAGCGCGCCCCCGCCCGCGCCCGCCCCGCAACACAGUUCAGACUCGCUCGCCGGCUGGGAGGACACAGAGUUCGAACCCAUCGAGGAGAAUGCUGACGAAAACAAUGCAUCAAAAAUGGACGAAAUGCGAAGAAAACGCGAGGAGAGAAAACUGCAGAGACAGAGAGAAAUGGAGGCGAGACGCAGCGCGCGCGGCCAGGGACCAAUGAAGCUGGGCACCAAGAUAUCCGGACCUCCGCCGCCCUUCUAGUGCCCGCGCAUACGCGGACCAAGCGACGCUGGCGACAUCCACCCCGUCCCCUUACGUGUACCACUUUUUGGCGUCAUUUUUGCCGCCAUUUUGUGAAUUUGUUCAAUGUCUUUUGACAUCAAGCACUAAAAGGGAGCGGGUAAUAAAAGGUCAGUUUUAGAGUGUUUUAGUAUGUUCUUAACUUUUCAAUGAUAUUUGAAAAUUCUUACAUAUUUUAUCCAUUAAUUGCGACAUGUAAUUUACAACCGCCCAGGUUUUUUUUUUUUAUUUUAGUGUGAAUAAUAUAAUUAAAUCGAUUAAAAAAAUAUAUUAUCUAGCUUUAAUAUCGGUAUCUUUUACUUUGACUUAUUUAUGCAUAUUGUUUUGUUCAAUACAUUUCUUGUAAUUUCUAUUAAGCUUGGAUAUUUGAUAGAUUUAGGGAAUUUAUCAUAAGUAUGCCCGCUCCCUUUUAUCUUGUGUGAAAAUGCCUUACAUCGAGACAAGUUUUCGCGCACCCGCGAAAAGCUGCACUGACCAUUUCCAUUUUAUACUAUAAAUAAUAAAAUCGACAAUUUUUUAAUCUAAAAAUUUUUAUACAUGCUCAUUGAAAUGUCUGAAAUGACAGCUUUAAGGUUAACGCACACUAAUCAACUUCGAGAAUGUCGAAUCUUUUUCCUAAGAAAUUAAUAUCAUUGUCCCUUUCAAUCGGUCACGGCGAGGCUGCGCGUGGACGAAUGUGCGUUAACCUUUAAUUUACGUUUUGAUCUUGCAAAAUGAACGGAUUGUGCUUAUGAAUAGUUAAGAUAAAUUAAGGCUAAGCAUUUUCGUAAUUCUUCCCCAUCUUUAUUAAACCAAAUUGAUCCUUUCUUAUGAAGAAUGACACCAAUUUAUUGUCAAAUACAGCGAUUUUUGUAAUAGUCAACAACUGAUAGUCUCUGGUUGGAAAUAAAAAAGCUUUGAAUUUACAUACAUUUAUUAAAUAAUAAUUCAUCAUUGAACAUAUCAAAACGAUUAUUAUUUGUUAUUAUUAUCCAACCAUCUUAUCAAACAGAUUAUAUCAAGAUAACAAAAUUUCGAUGUGUAAUUAAAUGCAAUUGUCGUGUUUCGUUCUUUUUCUUAUGAUUCCGUAUUAUUCGAGGACAAAUACCUGAAAAAUAACUUUUAUUACAAUAUUUCGACAAUUUUUAAGCAUUUUUUAUAUUGAUUACUGGUCGAUUUUUUUAUUUUUUUAAAUUUAAUUAAUUCAUUCCUGAAUUUUAAAAAUCAACAACCACUAUAUUGUCUUAAUGUCGAUUAAACUAAUUCAAAUAAAAAGAAAUCAUCUUCUAGCGUGAACUGAAUAAAAUUAAAAAUAUGU